GCCGAGGAGCGCGAAGAAGAAGAGGCGAGUAGACCUUUCUUUUCCUGCCCCACAAUGAAGCCAGCAUCUUAGAAACCUGUGUCUGCAGCGGAGACAGGAGGAGGGCUUCAUUUCACCACACAGAGACACCGCUGGUUCACACGACCCCCAGAAAAUGCCUCAUUUCAGCGCUCUCUCCGGACCGGUGGAGACCCGGAGGGACUGAUGGGACACGCGGGCUGUGACUAAAUCCCCUCUGGUGAAUGAUAGUGUUUCAGAUAGCCUACGUGACAGCGACACACACACACACACACACACACACGCACACGGAAGCGCGGACAUGGCUGACAGGACUGCUCCCAACUGCCACCUGAGACUGGAGUGGGUGUACGGAUACCGGGGACACCAGUGCCGCAACAACCUGUAUUACACCGCCGCCAAGGAGAUAGUCUAUUUCGUCGCCGGUGUGGGAGUUGUGUACAACACCCGCGAACACAAGCAGAAAUUUUACCUGGGACACAACGAUGACAUAAUCAGUUUAGCUCUGCAUCCGGAGCGCGUGUUGGUGGCCACGGGACAGGUGGGCAAGGAGCCGUACAUCUGCGUUUGGGACUCGUACACUGUGCAGACCGUGUCCAUCCUCAAGGACGUGCACACACAUGGCAUCGCCUGCCUGGCCUUCGACCUCGAGGGACAGUGCUUGGUGUCCGUGGGCCUGGACUCAAAAAACACAAUCUGUGUGUGGGACUGGAGGAGAGGGAAGGUCCUGGCAGCCGCUCCCGGUCAUACAGACAGGAUAUUCGACAUUUCAUGGGAUUUGUACCAGCCGAGCAAGCUUGUGAGCUGCGGUGUCAAACACAUCAAGUUUUGGAGCUUAUGCGGUAAUGCUCUCACACCGAAACGUGGCGUUUUCGGCAAAACGGGGGAUCUCCAGACCAUCCUCUGCCUUGCGUGCGCCAAGGACGAGGUCACGUAUUCAGGUGCCUUGAAUGGUGACAUCUACGUUUGGAAAGGGGUCAACCUGAUGAGGACGGUGCAGGGAGCUCACGGGUCAGGGAUUUUCAGCAUGAAUGCCUGUGAGGAGGGCUUCGCCACUGGGGGCCGAGACGGCUGCGUCCGGCUGUGGGAUCUCAACUUCAAACCAAUUACCGUCAUUGAUCUCAGGGAAACAGAUCAAGGAUAUAAAGGGCUGUCUGUGCGGAGUGUGUGCUGGCGGGGCGAUCACAUCCUGGUGGGAACACAGGACAGCGAGAUCUUUGAGGUUGUGGUCCACGACCGCAACAAGCCCUUCCUCAUCAUGCAGGGGCACUGUGAGGGCGAGCUGUGGGCGCUUGCCGUGCACCCCACCAAGCCUCUGGCCAUGACAGGAAGUGACGACCGCUCAGUCAGGAUAUGGAGCCUUAUAGAUCAUGCUUUAAUAGCCCGCUGUAACAUGGAGGAGCCCAUCCGCUGUGCCGCUGUUAGCACCGAUGGCAUUCACCUCGCGCUGGGAAUGAAGGAUGGCUCGUUCACUGUUCUAAGAGUCAGAGAUAUGACAGAAGUGGUUCACAUCAAGGACAGGAAGGAGGCCAUUCAUGAGCUCAAGUAUUCUCCUGAUGGAGCCCAUUUGGCUGUCGGCUCCAAUGAUAACUCCGUGGACAUCUAUGGUGUGGUGCAGAGGUACAAGAAAGUGGGCGAGUGCAUUGGCUCCAACAGCUUCAUUACACACAUGGACUGGUCCACAGACAGCAAAUACCUGCAGACCAACAACGGCAGCGGCAGGAGGCUUUUUUACAGGAUGCCAAGUGGGAAGGAGGUGACCAACAGGGAAGAGCUGAAGCUGGUACAGUGGGCGUCGUGGACGUGCGUGUUAGGCCCCGAGGUUAAUGGAAUAUGGCCUAAGUACUCAGAUAUCAAUGACAUCAACUCUGUGGAUGCCAACUACAACAAUCAAGUCUUAGUAACAGCUGACGACUAUGGAUUAGUCAAACUUUUACGAUAUCCAUGUAUAAAAAAAGGUGCGAAAUUUAAGAAGUAUUUAGGUCAUUCAGCCCACAUAACCAACGCUAGGUGGUCACAUGACUACCAGUGGGUGAUAACUAUUGGUGGUGCUGAUCACUCCGUGUUCCAGUGGAAGUUUGUUCCGGAGAGAAAGUCUAAAGAAGCUCUGCAUAUAGCUCCGCAAGAGACCUUGGCGGACUCGAACAGUGAGGAGUCGGACUCUGACCAGUCGGACGUACCUGAGAUGGACUCUGAAAUCGAACAGGAGACUCAGCUGACAUAUCGACGACAGGUUUAUAAAGAAGAUCUACCUCAGCUCAAAGAGCAGUGCAAAGAGAAGCAUCGAGCAACAGCCAUGAAAAAGAGGGAGCGAGCCCCGGGGAGCAGGGUGAAGCUGCACUUCAUUCAUGGCUACAGAGGCUACGAUUGCAGGAGCAACCUGUUCUACACGCAGACCGGGGAGAUCGUCUACCAUGUAGCUGCCGUUGGGGUUGUGUACAACAGACAGCAGAAUACCCAACGUUUCUACAUGGGUCACGAUGAUGACAUCCUCUGUCUGGCCAUACACCCCCUCAAGGACUUUGUAGCAACAGGCCAGGUUGGCAGAGAUUCCUCCAUCCACAUAUGGGACACAGAGAUGUUGAAACCCAUGUCCGUGUUGAAGGGUUUCCACCAGCUCGGAGUGUGCGCUCUGGAUUUUUCCGCGGACGGGAAGCGGCUUGCCUCAGUGGGCCUGGACGACAACCACACCAUCGUGCUGUGGGACUGGAGGAAGGGGGAGAAGCUCUCUGCCAUGCGCCGCUCGCUGCAGCUCAGGGACAGCUGCACUGAUCUUUCCUUCGCAGACCCUGGUGGGCAGCACAAUGAAGCGGGCAGACGGAAACGGGACCUGACAAGAGCCUGGCUAGGCCACAUGGAGGGUGAAGUGUGGGGCCUGGCCACUCAUCCCCAUCUCCCGCUCUGUGCCACCGUUAGCGAUGACAAAACCCUGCGCAUAUGGGACCUCUCACCCAGUCACUGCAUGCUGGCUGUACGCAAGCUCAGGAAAGGCGGCCGCUGCUGCUGCUUCUCCCCUGACGGCAAAGCCUUGGCGGUGGGUCUCAACGAUGGCAGUUUCCUUAUUGUGAAUGCCGACACCCUGGAGGAUCUGGUGUCCUUCCACCACCGCAAAGACAUCAUUUCUGAUAUUAGAUUCUCUCCAGGUGUUGGGAAAUACCUCGCGGUAGCAUCAGGAGACACGUUUGUGGAUAUCUACAAUGUAAUGAGCAGCAAAAGGGUUGGAGUCUGCAAAGGAUGCCUCAACUACAUUACCCAUCUGGACUGGGACAAGAGAGGAAAACUCCUUCAAGUCAACACAGGUGCUAAGGAGCAGUUUUUCUUUGAAGCUCCUCGUGGCAAGAAGCAGACCAUUCCGUCCACAGAGGUGGAGAAGAUUGACUGGAGCACAUGGACGUGUGUCCUGGGAACAUCAGUUGAGGGAAUCUGGCCUGUGAUCAGUGAGGUCACAGAGGUGACCUCCGCCUGCCUUAGUAACGACAGGAAGGUGCUGGCAACAGGAGAUGAUUUGGGAUAUGUCAAGCUCUUUAGAUACCCUGUCAAGGGGAAGUACGCAAAGUUCAAGCGCUAUGUGGCCCACAGCGCUCACGUUACCAACGUGCGGUGGACUCAUGACGACAGUCUCUUGGUGACAGUGGGCGGGGGGGACACAUGCCUCAUGAUCUGGGCCCAUGAGCCCGAGGGCCACCGGGAAUUCAAACAGUGCGAUAGCGAGGAGUCGGACAUCGAGAGUGAAGAUGACGGAGGUUAUGACAGCGACGUGACGAGAGAGAACGAGAUCAACUACACCAUCAAGGCCUUAUCCACCAACAUGCGACCCAUGACUGGUGUGAAACCCCACUUGCAGCUGAAGGAGCCCUCUGUGGAUGAAAGACAAGGGGUGGUCAGAGGGUCAAGGCCUCCUGUCAGCAGAGCGCUGCCACAGCCGGAGAAGCUGCAGACCAACAACGUCGGCAAAAAAAAGAGGACGAUUGAGGACCUGGUGUUGGACCUGGUUUUCGGUUACCGUGGCAAUGACUGCCGCAACAACGUGCACUACCUGAACGAAGGGGCGGACAUCAUUUACCACACAGCCUCAAUUGGCAUCGUGCUCAACUUGACGACCUCCUGCCAAAGUUUCUACGUAGAACACAGUGACGACAUUCUGUGCCUGACAAUCAAUCAACAUCCCAAAUUCCCCAACGUGGUGGCAACUGGCCAAGUAGGUGAUACUGGUGACAUGUCAGCCACAUCUCCAGCUAUUCAUGUGUGGGACGCCAUGACUAAACAAACACUAUCGGUGCUACGUUGUUUCCACUCGGGCGGCGUGUGUUCCGUCAGCUUCAGUGCCACAGGAAAGCUCCUGCUGUCUGUGGGCCUGGACCCUGAACACACCGUCACCAUCUGGAAGUGGCAGGAAGGUGCCAAAGUGGCCAGCCGGAUAGGCCACACCCAGAGGAUCUUCGUGGCUGAGUUCAGGCCGGAUUCGGACACGCACUUUGUGUCUGUGGGGAUCAAACACGUGCGUUUCUGGACGUUAGCUGGUCGAGCUCUGCUCAGCAAGAAAGGAGUGCUGAGCACCAUAGAGGACGCCCGGAUGCAGACCAUGCUGUCUGUAGCAUUUGGAGCUAAUAACUUGACAUUUACAGGUACCAUAAGUGGGGAUGUGUGUGUGUGGAAGGAACACAUUCUAGUAAGAAUAGUGGCCAAAGCUCACACGGGCCCCGUGUUCACCAUGUACACCACACUGAGAGACGGCCUCAUCGUCACCGGAGGCAAAGAAAGACCGUCAAAAGAAGGAGGAGCUCUAAAGCUCUGGGACCAGGAGUUGAAACGCUGCAGAGCCUUUCGAUUAGAAACCGGACAGGUCAUAGACUGUGUUCGCUCUGUAUGCAGAGGAAAGGGUAAAAUCCUGGUGGGCACCAGAAACGCAGAGAUCAUUGAAGUAGGGGAGAAGAACGCAGCGUGCAACAUCUUGGUGAACGGACACAUGGACGGGCCGAUCUGGGGUUUGGGCACGCACCCUUCUCGAGAUGUGUUUCUGUCUGCUGCAGAGGACGGCACUGUUCGCCUGUGGGACAUCCCUGAGAAGAAGAUGCUGAAUAAGGUGAACCUGGGCCACCCGGCACACACCAUCAGCUACAGUCCUGAGGGGGACAUGGUGGCCAUCGGCAUGAAGAAUGGAGAGUUCAUCAUCCUCCUGGUUGCCUCCCUCAAAAUCUGGGGCAAGAAAAGGGAUCGGCGCUCCCCUAUCCAGGAUAUCAGGUUCAGUCCAAACUCUCGUUACUUGGCCGUCGGCUCCAAUGAGAGCGCCGUCGACUUCUACGACCUGACGCUCGGCCCGCAGCUGAACCGCAUCAACUGCUGCAGGGACAUCCCCAGCUUCGUCAUGCAGAUGGACUUCUCUGCAGACAGCACUUCCGUCCAGAUAUCCACAGGUACCUAUAAACGACUGGUGUACGAGGUGCCGUCUGGGAAACCGGUCACAGAGCAGUCCCUCAUUGACAGGAUUACCUGGGCCUCCUGGACGAGUGUCCUGGGUGAUGAGGUUGUUGGGAUCUGGUCCCGUAACACUGACAAAGCAGACGUCACCUGUGCCUGUGUUUCCCACUCGGGCCUAAACGUCGUCACAGGCGACGACUUUGGGAUGGUGAAGCUGUUUGACUUUCCAUGUCCAGAGAAGUUUGCCAAACACAAACGCUUUCUGGGUCACUCUGCUCACUUGACAAACGUGCGCUUCACAAAUGGAGAUCGUUUUGUCGUCAGCGCCGGCGGAGAUGACAGAAGCCUCUUUGUGUGGAGGUGUGUCCACGCCCCUCACUGAGGACCACGCCUGGACCCUCCUGCCUCAGAAAGCUUCUCUCAGCACGGCUCUCCAGAGGAAAAGAAUCAGCGAAAAGAAGCCACUUGAAGAAAAAGGAGGACAGAUAGUGGCAGCUUGUAAAUGAGGACAAGCAGUGAUUCAAAUCACUGCCUCAAAACUUGGUGCAUGCAUACGUGCGAGGCUCAUUUUCAUCACAGCAUCAGUCCCGACUGUGAACACAGGCGGAUACUGCUCUGACAGUAUCGCAUCAUCACUGAGAAAAAAAAAAGGCAUCCCUCUAACACAGUAUGUGCAUAUCAUUUUUUUCAGAAUGAGAGAAUCUGUGUCCCACAGGCCUGUGAACAUGUGUUACUGACAAUGCCAUUUUUUAAAAAACAUGUAGCAAACUGAAUUAGCCUUAAUCUGAGUGUUCAAUUUACGAGGGUUUGGAUUCUUUUUGUAUUUUGCUUUUUGAAUCAUGUAGUCGUGGGUUUGUUUGUUCUAUUUUUACUGGUGAUUCCAAAUCCUGUGGCCUUCCACCUGAAUGUAACAUCCACUGUUACGUUCUGGAUGUCAGCAUGCCAAAGCAUACUAUGCACUGUACACCUGACCUGGUCACUGUGUUACCCUGACGGUUCAUUUAUGGUUCAUGUGGCUGUGUUGUUGACUGGUUGACCUCAGACCUCCCUCCACAGUGUUUCCCCCUCAUUCAUGCCCGUUUGUGGGUCCUGGGUGUGCAUGGCUUCCUGGAAGACAAUCUGUCCAAACCAAAAUCCUCAGAAAACUAAAAGAACAGUUGUAAAAAAAAAAAAAAAAUUAUUAUGUUUUAAUGCACAGUUGUGAUUCUUUCAGUCACUUUUCAGUGUGCUGCUGCUGUAUGAUGUAUUAUCGUUGCGUUUUCAUGAAUAUGAAUGGUGUGACAGUCAGUCAGUGUUUUGUGUGUAAGCAGAUAUAUUGCUCAAAUGGAAUGUUUUAUCAGAGAAAAUAUGAAAAGAGCAAAACUUUUGCUCCCUGUAUUAAGACUAACUAUGAAAAAAAACGUUGCUGCAUAUUUUGAUUUACAUUACUCCAGUGUAAAUAUCAUUUGUAGAUAUUCUUUUUGUAUAUUUUUGGUGAGAUGUUUCUUAAAAUCCACUUUAAUA